GAAAAAAAAAAAAAACUUACAUUCAAGCAAACAUAUGCGUCAAGAAUAACAAGAAUUUUCAUUCCUCCAAAUCUCUGAUCACUUCUCCUCCCAUGGCUGUUCUCUGGUUAUUGAAUUCCCAUCACCAAUCACCAACCUUUAUUUGUUUUCUUCUCAGUUGCUUCCUUACAAUUUUCUCGUUUCCAACUACUUUCAAUGUCUCCGCAGCUGCAUUAAGCUUUAACUUCUCCAGCUUUCGUCCAAAUCAUUCCGAAAUUUACACAGAGAAAGAUGCAUUUAUCAGCAGAACAGGCAUUGAACUCACCAAAAACCAGCGUGAUAUGGACCCAGAAGGCAGCGUUGGUCGAGCCACAUACACAAAACCAUUCCAUCUCUGGGACAAAGCAUCAGGAACUCUCGCCAACUUCACGACCCAUUUCUCCUUUAUCAUAGCCUCAAAUGAGAACAACUACGGCUACGGGCUAGCAUUUUUUCUGGCUCCAAAUGGCUCAAGAAUCCCUGCUGACACAGAAGCUGACGGUGGUCUUGGUCUAGCCGUGAAUGAACAGUCCCAUGCAUUAAACUACUCUGAAAAUAAUUUCAUUGCCGUGGAGUUUGAUACCUAUCAAGAUUACUGGGAUCCUCAAUAUACAGGGGAUCACAUAGGUAUCAAUGUCAGGUCUAUGAAAUCUGUUAAUGCCGUGCAAUGGCUCAGCGGUGUAAUGGAAGGGCACGUAACAGAUGUUUGGAUUAGCUAUGAUUCAACAAACAAAAUUUUGGAGGUCAUGUAUACGUAUAUUUAUUAUAAAGGUGUAUCAGUUAUUCGAGAGAAUAUAUCAGCAGUGGUGGAUAUGGCUAAACAUUUACCUGAAUGGGUUACUCUCGGCUUCUCAGCCAGCACUGGUCGUUCGUAUCAGAUAAAUAGAAUCUUGUCGUGGGAAUUCAACUCAAGUAAUUUGGACAAAAAUGGAGAAGAAAUCAGUGUACCUCCAUGGAAUUCAGAACCACCUAGUGUUAAUGCUCCACCUCCGAAUCUUGAACUUCCGAGAGAAAGCAAGAGUAGCAAAGCUGGAAUGGUAGGAGUUGUCGUGGGAGUGUGUGCUGUGAUCGUUUUUGCUGCAGGCUUCGUCGCAAAUCAUUUAAGGAAGAAGAAGAGAAAGAGAGAGAAAGAAGUGAAAAUGGUUGAUCUUGUCUUCGAUGUUUCCUUAGGUGAUGAUUUCAGAAGCGAGAAAGGACCAAGAAAUUUUUCUUACAAGGAAUUGUCUGAUGCAACAAAUAAUUUUUCAGAGGACGAGAUGCUAGGAGAAGGGGGGUUUGGUGCAGUUCACAGAGGUUUUCUCAAGGAACUCAACUCCUAUGUUGCUGUUAAGAGAGUAUCAAAACGAUCUAAACAAGGUGUCAAAGAGUAUGCUGCAGAAGUGAAGAUCAUUAGCCGAUUGAGACAUAGAAAUUUGGUCAAGCUUAUUGGUUGGUGCCAUGAAAAGGAACUAUUACUUGCAUAUGAGUUCAUGCCCAAUGGCAGCUUAGAUUGCCACCUUUUCAAAGGCAAAAGCUUGUUGACAUGGGAGAUCAGAUACAGAAUUGCUCAAGGAUUGGCCUCUGCAUUACUUUAUCUCCACGAAGAAGGCGAUCAAUGUGUCCUCCAUAGAGAUAUCAAAUCGAGCAACAUCAUGUUAGAUUCAGAUUUCAAUGCAAAGCUUGGAGAUUUCGGGUUGGCUAGGCUUGUAGAUCAUGCAAAAGGGUUUCAAACCACAGUUUUAGCAGGAACCAUGGGCUACAUGGCUCCAGAAUGUUUCACAUCAGGGAAGGCAAGCAAAGAAUCAGAUAUUUAUAGUUUUGGAGUUGUUGCUUUGGAAAUAGCUUGUGGAAGAAGAGCAGUUGAACCGAAACUCGCAGAAAACCAAAUCAGAAUAGUCGAGUGGGUCUGGGAACUUUAUGGAAUCGGAAAAAUUCUUGAAGCUGCUGAUCCAAAACUGGGUAGAGAUUUUAAUGAACAAGAAAUUGAAAGGCUGAUGAUUGUUGGGCUCUGGUGUGUGCAUCCUGAUCACAAUUGCCGACCUUGUAUAAGGCAGUUGAGUAAUGUGUUGCUAAGUUCUGAGGCUCCUCUUCCUGUUCUUCCACCAGAAAUGCCUGUGGCAGCUUAUCAUGCUCCUCCUAUGAAAUUCUCUUUAUCAUCCUAUGGCUCAACAUUUUCUAGCAGCGAUGGAGAGCAACCCUGCAGAACUGAUUCAUCUAAGCUCACAUCAUGAGCAUUAUCUUUGAUUGUAUGGAUUAAUUUGAAUUUACUUGUAUGUGUUUUUAGUUCAUGCAUGAGGAAGUUCAAUGUUAUUUAUGUAUUUGUCUAAGAUUCAUGGGUUUAGAUGCACAAAUUUUUCCUGGACGCCCUUUGCUUUUUUUUCUUUUUUUGCUUUGCACCUUCACAGAUAGCCUUUUUGUAUUUAG